GGCGGAGCCUAAUGGUAGCGCCUCAGAGACUAUUGCAGCUCGCUUCGGGACGAGUGGUCCAAAUUGUUCGCCCCAAGGUGAGACGUACAAACUUUGUAAGUGGAGCUAAAGGGUUUUAAGACCCGGGGGCCGACGCCUCCACAAACUAUAGUCCCUGGGAGUAGGCAACUUGAACAAAGUUCCUGCCAUUCUAUCCACCAGAGGAAGAAGGAAACUGAGGAUUUGGACAAAGGCCUGCUGGCUUAAGAAUCUAAGAAACAUCGCCUAUUGAAACAGCUGGAGGAGUUCCCCAGCGCCACGUGUGGAACGUUGAGAAAAACCUCUUAAGUGCCAAACAUCGGUUUGGAAUAUUCCAGCUACCGAAGACUACCUCAUCUGCUUGGGCCUCCUGGCCUGACAUCAACUGUCAAGAAUGGCUCAGAGCAGCAACUCGAGUGGCUCACAGUAUGCACUUUCUGCUUUGGGCAUCGGCCUUAUCGCACUGGGCAUUGUGAUGAUCGUGUGGACAAUGGCACCUGGUAACAGUAUUACAAUGGGCAACAGCAGUAAACCUGAUUCAGGAACAGACGUUACCAAAGGGAAGACCACCUCAAUUGCCUUUGUACUACUUGGUGCUGGUGUAGUCAUGUUGCUGCUUGCUAUCUGUUUGACAGUAAGAAAUAAAAGGACUCAGCGACGACGAGAGGCCACCCCACCAAACAGUCACUACGAUGAUAACAGAGCCCCUCAGACAGCUGGACGAGUGGAAGAACUUCCAAGAGCAGUGUAUGACGUACCCAGUUACGAGGAGGUGGUUGGGAGUGCAGAAUACCCUGUGAGACAAAGCAACCUUCCAGCUGCCUCACUGCCCUCCUAUGAAUCUCUGGUCGAUGCAGACGCAGUAUUGACAGCUAUGCCAGCUGCAUCAGCUACAGAUGCACCAGUCGUCACCCAGACCACCCAGCAGCAGCUUCCACCCCAACAACAAUCUGGCCCUCAAAACCAGCGUCCAAGCAGGAGGCUGAGGCCGCUUAAAAUCCGUCGCAUAAUGUCAGAGAAACUGCACCUGAAAGACAUAAGGCUCAACGUUGAAACGCACAACCAAAACAAGCUGGUCAGCAUUGAGCCUCUGACACCACCACCCCAGUAUGAUGACACAAUCAUGGACAAGAUCCCUGGGCCAUCAGUCUAAACUGCAGAAGUCGUCCGGCUGAAUUUCAAAAUGACCUUCCUGCUAGUGUGUGACCAGAUUUGCUGAAGGUCUACAGACCUGCACUUGUGGCUCGGAUGGUCAACACUGAAAGGGAUCGACAGGCUUGUCAUGUCAUCUGAAAGUGUGGCUCUUGAACAUUUAUUUGACUGUGUGUUCUGUGCCACAAAAACCUUAACCUCUGGCCUACUUUGUGACUUUUAAGUUGCGCUCCUGAGAUUCAGGCAUGUGACACUCUGCUUACAAACUGAUCCUAAUGGAGGCAGGGACUCCUUGCUGCAGGCCUGUCUGGACUUCUGGUCAGGGGUUGCAAGUACAACACUGUUCCUGAGCACUGCUAAUUUUCAAUGUUUGAUUGCCUGAACAAUUUAAUAUACUGUACACGUCCUCUACUGUAUAGACUCCCGCUGAUGAGGAAGGGAAGGUGGCUGAUGUUGACAGAGCCCAAAAGAAGUCAAGCAGCCAUUGCAAUUCAUAUGUUUUACUUUGCUCCAUGAUGAUGUGUCCUGGUGGCAAUUUUAGCCCAGUCGUAAAUAAAAACUCCCCUAUUUUGGUAUUCUUAUUCCAUUAAAUUGUCAGUAUUAACAUUUAAAAAGUUUUAUGAGCUUGAAGUAAGAGGAUUCUAAAUUUUUAUAACCCCGUUACUGGUGGCAGCAUCCAUUCUGGCCACGGCAUUUUAAAUGUUUGCUGUACGUGUUUAAUUCAGACUAGCCGAAAAAAUGUACUGCCUAGCAUUUUUUGUAAACCAAUGAACGAAACUACAGUAGAUGGCACUCUUGUCUGUUAUACAUUCGGUUUCAGGUUCAGCCCCCUGCCAAUGACUGCCAGUUUCCUCGCACAUUUCCAAAGAGCGUUGCUAAAUUCUCCUGAUAUGCUUGGCAUCCCAUCCAGGACCAAUUCCUGUCUUGCACCUGGUGUUACCAAAAUGGGCCUGUUAGGGUUAGGUUUAGGGUUAGGGUUAGGAUUGACAGAUGAGUAGUAUAUCUUACAGAUUGUUUAGCUUCUAAUAUUUUAUUGAUGGUGAUCCCUAUUGAUGUUCUGUGCAGGUCAGGUUGAUUUUGUUCAUUCUUAAGCAUAUUCGUAGACGAUGCUUCAUUUUCAUCGUGCAGCCCACACUAGGGAUCUUUGGAGCAAGGCUUUAAGAAUAAAACACGGAUAUUAAGCUACUUUCAGAGUACAAGCGACAAGGUUUAUUUAGCAGCAGGUGACGUGCCAGUAAUCUACACUGGCCAACGCAGUCACGUAUCGGCACACAGAGCAGACCAUUAUUUGAAAAGCAGAACCCUGUCUCUUCCCUGCUACAGUAUUUACAAAGCAUUUUCCUACUCUGUUGAAGGGCAGUAUUUGAAAUUGUAGAAUAUUUUUACAUUUGCCCUUUUUCUAAAGCUCUUCAGCGGACCACAAACCUUUUUGUUUAGUAUAAGACGCAGGAUAAAAUGCUCCGAUGUUCAGCAUACAGGGACCUCUAUGAGUGAACUUUUUUUUCUCUUUUCAUUUUCUGGAGCUUUGAAAGAUGCACACUUCAGAGGUGUGUAUUUUUGUGACAGUAUAUGCCAGUGUGGCUAAUUUUAUUGAAGAGAUUAACAAGUACAUAAUGAGCAUUAUUUGAUACACGAAGCGCUCAUUAUGUACUAGUAUUGAAAAAGCUGGCAAGGGACUUUAGUCACCUGUCAUAACUGUGUGUCCUUUCGUGCAAUUGACAUCCCUAUGCUGGAAAAUAAAAUGGAUUUUAUACA